AUGAUAGUCAUUCAGAACAUAUCCAUCUCAGACCCCAACGCACCCGCUGAAGUCCCACUGAUGAAUGGCCUAACAUUUGCUUCUCAUCGACAAGACGUAUCAGAGCAUCCCAGACACCUUCAUCACGCUGCAUUCCUAGGAUGUCCUCAAGAAAUUAGCUAUGGAGUCCUAGUCGCAGUUCCAGACCCGAUACACAUCCCAAAAUGUUCCGCCACGCAGCACUUGCUAAAGAACCUCCAAGCUGCAAGUUGCUGCAUUUCCCCGGACGUCCUUGAGAAAUUGGCUACAGAGUUCUGGACCCGAUGCGCGUUCAACAAUUCUCUCGCAUUGCUUCGCAGCGGCCAGCUGCUGACGAACCUCCAAGCCGCAGCCCUACGUGUCGUAGCUUCGUCUGAACACACAACUACGCUCUGUGAAGGUGAGUUCAUGUCCUUUGACAGCAUUAUCGGUAUCUCACUUGUAGAAGCCCCAUCUAUCUGGACUUCCAGGAAACGGAGGCCGAGACUGCGAAGCCUACGCCACGGAAAUGCAGACAGCUUAUCAAGAACUGACCAUCUUGAAAGGCAGAAUGACGUGGUGCAUGAGGAAGGAGAUGAACAUGGCGCGGGCGAGGAUAGCACUGAUUCGCUUCCGGUGGACAAAUCUAUUGAUUACAAUGCUAUUCUUUACACCUCCACCAAAGAAGGGCGAUUGUGA